CUUGGGCUUCAGGGUGUGUGCGAGGCACGCUGGCCCUUUCACUUGCGGGCCUCUCCUUUUCUCUCCCUGUGGUGUUCUGGUUCUGAAUUCAUCCAGGGUCCAGGAUGACAAUCCGGCACCAAGGCCAGCAGUACAGGCCGAGGAUGGCAUUUCUCCAGAAGAUUGAAGCGCUAGUGAAGGACAUGCAGAGCCCGGAGACGGGGGUCCGAAUGCAGAACCAGAAGAUCCUGGUCACCAGCAUCCCUCACGCCAUGACAGGAAGUGAUGUUCUGCAAUGGCUCGUCCAGAGGCUCUGGAUCUCCAGUCUGGAGGCGCAGAACUUGGGCAACUUCAUCGUCAAGUAUGGCUACAUUUACCCCCUGCAAGACCCCAAGAAUCUCAUUCUCAAGCCGGAUGGCAGCCUCUACCGAUUCCAGACGCCAUAUUUCUGGCCGACCCAGCAGUGGCCGGCUGAAGAUACAGACUAUGCCAUCUAUCUGACCAAGCGAAAUAUCAAGAAGAAAGGGGUUUUAGAAGAACACGAAAAGGAAAACUACGAUUUCUUGAACAAAAAAAUCAACUACAAGUGGGACUUUGUCAUUAUGCAGGCCAAAGAGCAGUACAGGACCGGGAAGGAAAGGAAUAAAGCAGACAGGUAUGCCCUGGACUGCCAGGAGAAGGCGUACUGGCUGGUCCACCGAAGCCCUCCAGGAAUGAACAACGUGCUGGACUAUGGCCUGGACCGAGUGACCAAUCCGAAUGAAGUUCAGGUAAACCAGAAACAAACAAUCACUGCUGUCAAAAAAGAGAUCAUGUAUUACCAACAGGCCUUGAUGAGGUCCACAGUGAAGUCUUCGGUGUCCCUUGGAGGGAUCGUCAAAUACAGCGAGCAGUUUUCGUCCAAUGACGCCAUCAUGUCAGGCUGCCUCCCUAGCAAUCCUUGGAUAACAGAUGACACCCAGUUCUGGGAUUUAAUUGACUUGGUGGAAAUCCCAACCAAGAUGCGCGUGGAACGGUGGGCCAUCAACUUCAGUGAAUUGAUUCGAGACCCCAAGGGGCGCCAGAGCUUCCAGUACUUUCUCAAGAAAGAAUUCAGUGGAGAGAAUCUGGGAUUCUGGGAAGCCUGCGAGGAUCUGAAGUACGGAGAUCAGUCCAAGGUCAAGGAGAAAGCGGAGGAGAUUUACAAGCUAUUCCUGGCCCCAGGGGCGAGGCGGUGGAUCAACAUCGAUGGCAAAACCAUGGACAUCACGGUCAAGGGGCUGCGGCACCCCCACCGCUACGUGCUAGAUGCUGCGCAGACCCACAUUUACAUGCUCAUGAAGAAGGAUUCUUACGCUCGCUAUUUGAAAUCUCCCAUCUAUAAGGAAAUGCUGGCCAAAGCUAUUGAACCUCAGGAAACCACCAAGAGAAGCUCCAGCCUCCCAUUUAUGCGGCGUCACCUGCGCUCCAGCCCGAGCCCCGUCAUCCUGAGGCAGCUGGAGGAGGAAGCCAAAGCUCGGGAAGCAGCCAACACGGUGGACAUCACCCAGCCUGGCCAGCACACUGCUCCCAGCCCCCACCUGGCCGUGUACACGGGGACUUGCGUGCCCCCCUCUCCUUCCAGCCCCUUCUCCUCCUCCUGCCGCUCCCCCAGGAAGCCCUUCCCCUCGCCAGGCCGCUUCAUGCGGAGGCCCAGCAGCACCGUCUGCCCCUCGCCCAUCACGGUGGCCGUGGAAGGCUCGGAGCAGAAGGGCGAGGCCGGGGGGUCCAGUGCCGGCCCAGGACCCUCCAAUGCAGACACCAGCGAGGCCUCCGCCGACUGCCCCUGGCCCCGGCCCCCACCCAGGGCCCCUCUCAAGGCCCGCAUGGCUGUGUCCUUCAACAGUUUUCUGAGACGAGGCUGUUUGGCCUCCCCCGUCUUCGCCAGGCUCUCGCCCAGGUGCCCCCCUGUGUCCCAUGGGAAGGUGCAGCCCCUAGGGGAUGUGGGUCAGCAGCUGCCACGGCUGAAAUCCAGGAGAGUGACAAACUUUUUCCAGAUCAAAAUGGAUGUGCCUGUGGAGAGUGGCACCUACCUGAUGGACGCGGAGGACACGGGGCCAGGAGCCUCGGGCGACCAGGCCAUCAAGAAGGAGGUCAUCUGCCCCUGGGAGAGCCUGGCCUAG